ACUGUCUGUGUCUAUCUGUGUGUCUGUGUGUCUGUCCAUCUGUCUGUGUGUCUGUCCAACUGUCUGUGUCUAUCUGUGUGUCUGUCUGUGUCUAUCUGUGUCUAUCUGUGUAUCUGUCUGUGUGUCUGUCCGUCUGUCUUUGUCUAUCUGUGUGUCUGUCUGUCUGUCUGUGUGUGUGUCUGUCCAUCUGUCUCUGUCUGUCUGUAUAUCUGUCUGUCUGUGUGUCUGUCUAUCUGUGUGUGUGUCUGUCCAUCUGUCUGUGUCUGUCUGUAUAUCUGUCUGCAUGUCUAUGUGUCUGUCCAUCUGUCUGUGUGUCUGUCUGUCUGUGUGUCUGUCCAUCUGUCUGUGUGUCUGUCCAACUGUCUGUGUCUAUCUGUGUGUCUGUCUGUCUGUCUGUGUGUCUGUCCAACUGUCUGUGUCUAUCUGUGUGUCUGUCUAUCUGUCUGUGUGUCUGUCCGUCUGUCUUUGUCUAUCUGUGUGUCUGUCUGUCUGUCUGUGUGUCUGUCCAUCUGUCUGUGUCUGUCUGUAUGUCUGUCUGUCUGUGUGUCUGUCUAUCUGUGUGUCUGUACAUCUGUCUGUGUCUAUCUGUGUUUGUCUGUGUGUGCGUCUGUUCAUCUGUCUGUGUGUCUGUGUGCCUGUCUAUCUGUGUGUGUGUGUCUGUCCAUCUGUCUGUAUAUCUGUCUGCAUGUCUGUGUGUCUGUCUAUCUGUGUGUGUGUCUGUCCAUCUGUCUGUGUCUGUCUGUAUAUCUGUCUGCAUGUCUGUGUGUCUGUCCAUCUGUCUGUGUCUGUCCAUCUGUCUGUGUCUAUCUUUGUUUGUCUGUGUGUGUGUCUGUCCAUCUGUCUGCAUGUCUGUGUGUCUGUCUAUCUGUGUGUGUCUGUCCAUCUGUCUGUGUCUAUCUGUGUUUGUCUGUGUGUGUGUCUGUCCAUCUGUCUGUGUGUCUGUGUGCCUGUCUGUCUGUAUAUCUGUCUGCAUGUCUGUGUGUCUGUCUAUCUGUGUGUGUGUGUGUGUGUGUCUGUCCAUCUGUCUGUGUCCAUCUGUGUGUAUGUCUGUCUGUGUGUCUGUCCAUCUGUCUGUGUCUGUCUGUAUAUCUGUCUGCAUGUCUGUGUGUCUGUCUAUCUGUGUGUGUGUGUCUGUCCAUCUGUCUGUGUCUAUCUGUGUGUCUGUCUGUCUGUGUGUCUGUCCAUCUGUCUGUAUCUGUCUGCAUGUCUGUGUGUGUCUAUCUGUGUGUGUGUCUGUCCAUCUGUCUGUCUAUCUGUGUGUUUGUCUGUCUGUCUGUGUGUCUGUCCAUCUGUCUGUGUCUGUCUGUAUAUCUGUCGGCAUGUCUGUGUGUCUGUCUAUCUGUGUGUGUGUCUGUCCAUCUGUCUGUCUAUCUGUGUGUCUGUCUGUCUGUGUGUCUGUCCAUCUGUCUGUGUCUGUCUGUAUAUCUGUCUGCAUGUGUGUGUGUCUGUCCAUCUGUCUGUGUCUGUCUGUGUGUCUCUGUCUGUCUGUCUGUCUGUCUGUCUGUCUGCGUGUCUGUCCAUCUGUCUGUGUCUGUCUGUUUUGCAGAUGUUGCUGAAAAGUGUGCAGGUGUGUCCAUGCAACAGGUUGUGGCUCUGGAGGAAUUCAUUCCCACCCGUCAGACAAGUUACACACCGAUCAGAGCGACAGUCACAAUCCCUGCAGCAGAAUAACACAUACUGCACCUCAUACUGGGACACAAGGUGUUUGGUUUGCGGUUGGUCUGACUGUAAUUGACUCUGAGGGGGGAUUCCAGCCACUCAUACACAUAAUUCCCUCCUUCAGUACCGCUCUGUUUGGAAAGCAGCUCUGCAAGCCGGCGUACUGACGGGCGUUUAUUCGAGGAGUGUUGCUUGACCUGGGGUCAAAGGUUGAAGAUCAUCAGUAUCAGAUCAACCUCCAGAGCAUCAUCAUGGGUACACAUCACUGAUCUGAGACCUGAGUGUGAGGUUUCGGUGGGCGGAGCUCCUGCAGAAGUCGAGAGAAGCUCCUAGAAUCCCGUGCUGGAGUGGAACAUGGCCAGCAGGUGUGUAGUCAGCAGGCGUAGGCCGCUACAGUCUCCGGUUCGAGCUCUGUGGAGUUUGUAUGGGAGAGGCACCCCCUGCAGGCAGGACAGCAGUUGUGGCAGUGGCAGUGGGCAUCUGCAGAUUGCCAGAGAGGUCAGAGAGGAACGGGUCACUUCCGCCUCGGCCCGUGGUCACAGCAGCCCACCAUCACCAAGAACCUGAGCUUCAUCCCAAUGUGUUCCCAUUUGUCUUUCAUGACGUAUGACACCACACCCUCGAUCAAACCGCCUGCUGAUGCCACCCUACACCCGGGAAAGAGCGUGCGCCGACGUGCCAGAGGGUGAGGCUGGUUUAGUGUCUGAAGGGAGUCUGUCGUCCCUCACGACUGAUGAUCUGCUCAAUGCAAACACCAUCGGCGGGGCGACAUGGACUCCUGGAGGACGUGUGCACCCGUGCGGGCAUCGGCACGUCCGGCUCUAGCCGUAAUGGUGGUAAGACAUCCGGGUCGCAGAUGAGACCUUGACUGCAGCCGUCUGAUGUUCCUGCAGCUCAUGCAGCCGUCUGCGCUCAUUAACAGAAGCUGGAGCUGUUUGACCUGAUGCUUAGAGGAGUCGUGACCAAUUACAAGAGUCUGGAUGCAGGUAAAUCUCUGCCCGAGUCGUUGGAUUACAGUGUGUAUUGGCUGCAGACAGUCCCUCCUCCUCUCCUGUCUGUCAUCAUCAGAGACUUCCUCAGUGGACCCGAUGGUUUUAAGGAGGUGUGUGUGUCGGUUCAGUGUCAGGACGUGUUGUUGUGGACGGGUCUGAAGGACAGAUCUGUGGUGUUUGUGGGUCCAUUCUCCAGUGGUGCCACAGUGGAAUCUCCGCCCCUGACUCACGUGACCCACCAAGAGUGUUGAUUGACCUGCAGGGAGGACUCUACAGGCAGCACGUCUCUCUUGCUCCUGCGUUUGGCAGACAGGUGUGCGCAGUCUUUGGACCCGUGGAACGCACACAAACAGGACGUGCAGAACUGAAACAGACAGUCGGUCCAGCUGCACACCCCCUCACCACGCAGAGAGUGACAGCGCGCCGGAUGCUGACAGCGCGGACACGACUUCAGAUAUUCAUCGUUGAACAGAGUUUUAGCAAUCUGGGAGAGAACGGGACACUUGUGCGCCUCUGACAGGUGUUAGCAUUACAGAUGAAUGUGAUGUAUGGGAACACACCUGUAGGAACUCCACACGUUUGCUGCUGCAGUGGCGCUCUGGGUGUCGGGUCGGGGUGCAGGACUGGUGUGUGUGGGGUGUCCGGGCUUGAGCCUGCACACUGCUCAGAGCCGACCUGCACGCCAGCGCCAACCUGGUGUCAGCAUCUACAACAUGACCUGCUUUACCAGCCUGCCAACACACCAGCAGAGAGACACUUCAGUCUCGUGGACACUAUUCAAACUGUUGGACAUACUUUCAUGUGACGGGCUGAUUUUCAUCAAAAGCAGCAGAUUUUAAAGUUUUUUAUAUUUUUAUAUAUGAAGGUCACAUUAAAGUGGAUUUGGAGAAUUUUCACCAGACCUUCAUCAU